GGUCGCGGUCUCCGGCGUUUCCCGGAACUUUUUACUCCCUCUGCCCCGCCUCUUUCCCUUCCCCGUUCCCCGCGUUCUGGUGCCGGGACGCCUCACAACUGUUGUGGCUGCUGCCCCGCUGCCGCCGGGGUGGUGCUGACCGCGGAGCGCUCGGAGGCCCGUGAGGCUGGCUGCUGGCUCCACGAGGUUCUGUGCUGGCAUCCUGAGCACCGCCAGGCACCUGACCAUCGAGCAGAAGAUGGCAGACUAUUCCAACAAGCUCUACCACCAGUUGGAGCAAGAAACGGGCAUCCAGACAGAGCCCCUGCUGAGUUCCCUCCUGCGUCGCAUGCCCGACCUGGAGACCCUGGAGAUCCUGAAGUUGGUGAACUGCCCUGAGACCUUCACCCCGGAUAUGAGGUGCAUCAUGGGCGAGUCUCCUUCGGUGAGGGGCUACUUCGUCCUGGCGGGAAUGAACUCUGCCGGCCUUUCGUUCGGUGGAGGGGCUGGGAGGUUCUCAGCGGAGGGUAGAGACUCACAUGCCAGCAGAUGUGUCCAUCAGGCAGAGGAUGAACCGAGCCAGAAAGCAAGCUUCAAAGAGAAGAGCGCAGAGGCCCUCCCUCAAGAGAGCACAAGAUCAAGACAGCACAAGAGGUGACAGUGGAUCCUUUCAGAGAGAAGACCGCGUGUCUGAACACAAAGUCCCGCUAACCGUUCACAGCAGUCCGGAGCCCUGGGAUCUCCAGGGAGAGGUGAGUGGUCAUCCACGGUGACGCACGGGGCCUGACCGCCGCAGAACGGACAUCUGUCAGGUGUGCGGGGAGGCACGGAAGACUCAUCCCCCUCACACUUACGAGCAAAGAGGGAAACUACCGAAUUCAGAUGGACAAAUUCUGACAUAACCAAGAGAUUUCAAGGGUGAGUGUUCAAGUGUCAGAAGCGAAGUGUGUGUGUCAGGGUCCUCGAUAAACAGUGAUGCCCCAGAAAAUUAACAUCUUGCCAAUUACAGCUAAGAUAUAAGUAACUAAUAAAGCUAGAAUGUCUUUUAGAUUCAA